AUGACGGGUGGUGUAAGUGAAUUUAGCACCACCUUGGAAAAUAGACUUCAAAGUUUUCAAGAAGGUUCUGAUUAUUACACUUAUGAUGAGGUUUCUGGAAGGUCAAGAAAAAAGCAUUAUGUUGUUUGUUCGGAAAGGCUAGCAAAUGAUUUAGCAAAAGUUGACUGGGGAAAUUUAAAAGGUUUUAGAGAAAUUGAAGUAGGAGAGGAAACUAUUAAUGGACCUGCUGAUGAUAGGGAUAAGUUAAGAAUUGAGUUUGAAAAACGAAAAAAAGAAGUGGAUUUGUCUAGUGGCGUUUACCGUUCUUCGUGGAAAUUUGAUAAAGAUGGAUUGGUAGAUAAAGAGGAAAGUUAUUUUUCUAAUAAUCCUGCUCAGAGCGAUAAUGCCAAUGUUCCUGUUUCCGGAAACACAAGUUCAGAGAUAAAAAAGCACUGUUCGAAUUGUAAGGAGGAAGUUAAGAAAUCUAUUAGAGAAGUGGAGGAAGGAAAGAGAAGCAAGAUUAGUUAUCAGUCACAUGCCUGUGGUAGAGGUGAAUACAAUACUGAAACUUUGGAAUAUGAUAGAGAUGGUAAUUAUUCGUAUAGGGAAAGGAUUGAAAGACCAAAUAGGCAAGUUCGAAUGGUUCAAUCUAGUUCGCACGAAUGUGUAAAUAUUUGCACUAAACCCAUACAAACUGUCUCUUCUGUUGAAUAUAAAAGACCUCCUUCUCCUCCUUGUAAAAUUAUGUAG